UCGCUCACCGCCUCAUUUUCCUUCAUUUCCUCGAUCUCCGUCUUCCUCCCUUCUCCGUCCGUCCUAGAACAUUCGAAAUUAGGGUUACUGCUCUUCAGAGAAGAUGAGGGAGAUCAUAAGCAUUCACAUCGGACAAGCUGGUAUCCAGGUCGGGAACUCUUGCUGGGAGCUUUACUGCCUCGAACAUGGAAUCCAGCCUGAUGGCAUGAUGCCCAGUGAUACCACAGUUGGUGUCGCGCACGAUGCUUUCAACACAUUUUUCAGCGAGACUGGUGCUGGGAAGCAUGUUCCCAGGGCUGUCUUCGUCGAUCUUGAGCCCACUGUUAUUGACGAAGUCCGUACUGGUACUUACCGCCAGCUCUUCCAUCCUGAACAGCUCAUUUCUGGUAAAGAAGAUGCUGCUAACAACUUCGCCAGAGGCCAUUACACUGUUGGAAAGGAAAUUGUGGAUCUCUGCCUUGACCGUGUGAGGAAAUUAGCAGACAACUGUACUGGCUUGCAAGGGUUUUUGGUGUUCAAUGCUGUUGGUGGUGGUACUGGUUCUGGCUUGGGUUCUCUGUUGUUAGAACGUUUGUCUGUAGAUUAUGGAAAGAAGUCUAAACUUGGAUUCACCAUUUACCCUUCUCCUCAGGUUUCUACUGCUGUUGUAGAGCCUUACAACAGUGUUCUUUCAACUCAUUCCCUACUUGAACACACCGAUGUUGCUGUCCUCUUGGAUAAUGAAGCCAUCUAUGAUAUUUGCCGCAAAUCCCUAGAUAUUGAGAGGCCAACCUACACAAACUUGAACAGGUUGAUAUCCCAGAUCAUAUCAUCCUUGACUACAUCGCUGAGGUUUGAUGGAGCCAUCAAUGUCGAUAUCACUGAGUUCCAGACCAAUCUUGUCCCAUAUCCCCGUAUCCAUUUCAUGUUGUCAUCCUAUGCACCAGUCAUCUCAGCCGCAAAGGCCUACCAUGAGCAGCUAUCAAUACCUGAGAUCACUAGUGCCGUAUUUGAGCCAGGUAGCAUGAUGGCAAAAUGUGACCCCAGGCAUGGAAAAUACAUGGCCUGUUGUUUGAUGUACCGUGGAGAUGUUGUUCCUAAGGAUGUUAAUGCUGCUGUUGGUACCAUCAAGACAAAAAGGACUAUUCAGUUUGUUGACUGGUGCCCAACCGGGUUCAAAUGUGGAAUCAACUACCAGCCUCCAACUGUUGUUCCAGGAGGUGACCUUGCUAAGGUCCAGAGAGCUGUAUGCAUGAUCAGCAACAACACAGCAGUGGCAGAGGUAUUCUCACGGAUCGACCACAAGUUUGAUCUUAUGUAUGCCAAGAGGGCAUUUGUGCACUGGUAUGUCGGUGAGGGAAUGGAGGAAGGUGAAUUCUCUGAGGCACGUGAAGACUUGGCCGCACUGGAGAAAGAUUACGAAGAAGUUGGUGCUGAAGGUGGAGAUGACGAAGAAGAUGAAGGUGAAGACUAUUGACACCUUUUCUCAAGAAAUCUGCAACAACAAAAAAAAAAAAAAAAAGUUUUUUCGUUUGAUCUGUUUUCGCUUUUGAUUCUUGUUGAUUACUACUGCUACUACUACUACAUGUUUGUCUUAAUCCUGUACAAUAUUCGGUCAUGUUUUUAUCUCGGUUGGAUACAUUUUCUUUGGUAGAGCGACCAUUGGGGAAGAUCCCGAGUUCAUUAUCAGUCUUUUUUGUUGUUGUACCAAACCUUCAUGUUUUUGUUAAAAGCUGUCCAGUUUUUUUAUUUUA